CCAAGGAAAGCCCCAGUGACCCACUACAGGGCUUGAUUGCAGGAUUACAGCAUUAUUGGCACAUUUUUUCACAAAAACCUCCAAAGCUGGAAUAUUGCCAAAGAGCUCCUUCCAAGUUCCAGCUCAGUAAACAGGAGGAAGGGAAACACCCAGUUGCUGCUGCAGGCUGGACAAAGUUCUGAACUCAGAAAGUGAAACUAACCCUGUUACACUGUCCAGAGGGAGCCAUGGAAAAACCUCCAGGAUGAAGCUAGUUGUCCCUUCUGGCUGGAAUACUUCAAAGGCCCAGUAAUUAUAGACUGUGGGCACAAUUUCUGCAGACGUCUCCUGCCCUCGGUGCAGAAAACCUGCCCAGCAUAGAAACCCGAGGCUGAACAGGCAGCUGGCAAAUGUCUUAGAAAUAGCCAAAUGACUGGGUUUACAGGUAGCAAAGGGAGCAGGAGGGGAUAGAUUGUGUGGAGAACACCAGGAGCCUCUCAAACCGUUCUGUGAAGAGGAUCAAACAAACCUCCAUCUGCUUGGUUUACGACAGAGCUCGGGCUGUGAGUCCCAUAGAGGAGACUUCCCAGGAGUACAAGUUUUGCAACUGAAGUUACAAUGAAGAUGAAGAUUUCCUCAUUCUGCUGCUGCUCCACAACCAUCUCCUCUGUGCCUGGCUUUAUCAUUUUCUUAUUUGAUUUCCACAUUCACCAGCAGGUCUCAGCCCAGUUUAGAGUCAUUGGACCUGACCAGCCUGUCACUGCCAUUGUGGGAGAGGACAUUGUGUUACCCUGCCACCUGUCCCCCAGGAUGAGUGCUGAGAACAUGGAGGUGAUAUGGUUCCAGUCCCAGCUCUCCCAGUUUGUUCAUCGCUAUAGUGAUGGGAAGGAUCAGACUGAAGAUCAGACACCAGAGUAUCAGGGAAGGACAGUGUUUCUGAGAGAUAGUAUCGUUAAUGGAAAUGUUUCGCUGAGGAUACACAAUAUCAGACCCUCUGAUGAGGGACAAUAUAGGUGUUUUGUUCAGUCCUUGACAUUUUAUAAUGAAGCCACAUUGGAACUGAAAGUAGCAGCUUUAGGUUCUGAUCCGCAGCUCUCUGUUGAGGGUUAUCAGAAUGGAGGGAUUCGGGUGGUUUGUCAAUCCAUUGGUUGGUAUCCAGAGCCCCAGGUGCUAUGGAGAGAUCCCAGUGGACAGCAUCUAUCAUCACUCUCUGAAAUAUCCCGAGUGGAUGAUGGCCUGUUUGAAGCACAAACUACAGUCAUUAUGAUAGAAAACUCAAACCAAAAAUUGUCCUGUUGUGUCUGGAACAGCCACUUCAAUCAAGAAAAGGAAUCAACAAUUUAUGUAUCAGAUGUUUUCUUCCCAAAUGUCUCCCUGUGGAUUGUGGCUGUGUGUGUGAUCCUGGUGGUUUUAUUUGUUUGCAUUGGCCUCAUUGUUUAUCUCUUCAAAAUGAAAGAGAAACUUGCAGCUGAACUUAGAUGGAGAAGAGUCCUCACUCACUCAGAGAAUUUGAUUGUGGAUCCAGACACGGCUCAUCCCCAGCUCAUCCUGUCUGAGGAUUGGAAACGUGUGAGAUGGAGAGACACACGACAGGAUCUGCCCAACAAUCCUGAGAGAUUUGACUCUAGGGCCUGUGUGCUGGGCCUCGAGGGAUUCACCUCCGGGAGCCAUUACUGGGAGGUGGAGGUGGGGGCUGGGAGAGGCUGGGCUGUGGGGGUCGCCAGAGCGUCUGUAAAGAGGAAGGGAUGGAUCAAGCGUAAUCCUGAGGAGGGGAUCUGGGCUGUGGACUAUGAAUGGAGUGGUCAUUAUCGGGCUCUGACUUCUCCUAGGACCUGCUUGCCUUUGAGUGAGGUCCUCAGGAAGCUUGGGAUUUAUCUGGACUAUGAACGGGGGCAGGUGACAGUUUUUGAUGCUGAUAAAGAGGCCCCGAUCUUCACUUUCCCAACAGCCUCUUUCAACCGAGAGAGAGUCUUUCCUUUACUUUGGCUGUGGGGUACUGAAUCUGAGCUCAGACUGUGCCCCUGACUUGGGAUGAUGGGGUGGGGAUCAGCCAUUAGACCCAUUAAAUGAGGCCACAGACAUCCCAGUCUCUCUGACUCUGGAGUCCCAAUGUCUCUGCACUGUCAAAAUCAGGUGUAAUUAAUAGGCUGUUCAGUGCUGUUGCACCCCAAGCUCCUGAAGUUACUCAGUAUUUCAGCAAGUACAUCCAGACUCAAUGCACGCACUGAAAGGCUAUUUUCUCUAGCACUUAGUGUGUCCUUCUGGGCUCUCAGGGAGAUUUUACUUGGGCUGGAAGAAAGGAAAGGUUGCCAGUGCCCUAGGUACAGAAGCAUCCAGUAGAUGGUUAAGGCUGUUCAGACUUAGUGUGUUCAGUCCUCCAGUCCUCUGUUAGCAGCAAUUUGGUAUUAUGCAUGUUUCAUGAACAGGAUCAGUCUGUGGUGUGCUCCGUUUGGGGGGCCCUCUGUGUUAUCCUCCUGCUAUUGCAUGUUCUACCCAGCUCCAGUCGGAACCUGAAUCUCGACUAUAUGAGUGUGACACUGUACCUCAGGGGAACACCCUACACCUCUGUGUUCAUCCUUAUAAUAUGAUUGUGUGGUAUCUAAUGCAAAGUUUGUCAUGUCAGGUGUCUUCGGAAGGCUCAUGAUGCACUGAGCAUUGUUGUU